AUGCAACGCAUUCGAAUACAGACGGCGAAAAGUCAGGGUCCUCUCAUCUACUCCGAUGACAGAUUUCUCUGGCACGCCAUAUCCUCCGACGGAUGCCACUACUCCUGCAUAUUCUCCACUGAUUUUUCCGAUUACCCCAAUGCCGUUCUGGCCGUGUUCACACAGGAACCACCCCCUGCGGCGUUGCUACCUCAAGUCAAGCCGACAUGGGCUCUGGAAACCGGAGAGUCACCCUUCCACAUGCCUUCCAUUUCGUCUGCUUUUCAGAAACAUGUAAGGUUUAGUAAUUUUACAACAAUGCUAACUGAUAAACGUCCGUUAUUGAGCACAAGUUGCGUUGUCAGUCGAAGUUGUAUUUGGCAAGAAAUUCGAUCAACUGUUGUGUUGCUGUGAAGAUAGAUGGUGCACACGAGAGAUUGAUGCUCACUGUCUAGACACUUUGACUGUCAGUAGGAGGUCUUAUUGAGGUUUUCAGACAUUGUGCGUCGCAAAGCCCUACUGUGACUAGAUCCUCUGACCAUAUGAAUGAAGAUGGGAGGGCGUUAGCAGUGAGCCGAUGGAGGAUUGAGGUGUCUCAAGACAGACAGUUCUUGACAGACAGCAAUAAAGGUCACGAGUUUCAUGCGAAAACUCCUGCAUCGCAGGGGCUACCCACACCGCGUUAUGGAAAGUACUACUACGCUAAAGAAAACGGCCCUUUUUUCAGAAGACAUAUUUGGGUCUAUAAAUCACCAAAUAUGAUCCAAGAAUUAAUUGAUUUUGUCGAAAACCAUCAAACAAAACGGCGACUUUUUGACAGGUUAAUAUAUCAGGCCUAAUAUAACUGACAAUAGAGAAGGAAAAUAUAGUACGGGAAAAUAAUAAAAGCCAAUCUCAAAGUAAACCAGUGAAUAUUUUUUUGACCAUUCUUUUGCAUGCGAAACGGCUGUAGGCCGGGUAGAUAUGGGAACUGUCAAGUUGUCUACUGUGGACGGGUUUAUUAGGCACGAAAUUCAACUUCCUCGCACUGAACACAGUUUUUCGCCUUAUUCCAAUUUCUUUUGAUUAACGCUCCGCAGGUCGUAGGCGCAGGGGCUGACUGCGAUCUAAAAAAAUUGGAAUAAUUCAAGGUCAAAUUAGAAUAAUACCUCCUCUGAGCAGUGAACAGGAUGGAAGUGAAUAUGCGAAUCCCAGGCCCUUGUUUUAAAGAAGAUGAACACACAACAUGUCUGUUGCUAGAGUUGGUGUCAGACAUCCAGGCCCCCAGCGAUUCUCGCCCUGUCUUAUUGCUGGCCCGCGCCACUAUCUGCGUACUUUCGGAGUUAAAUUCGUGGCCUUCCUCUAGGGUUGUGAGUGGCGACCCGAGACAGUGGGUCGCCUCUCCGGUGCCGUGUUCUGCAACACUAUGCUGUCCAGUCAACGUCGGUGAACAGUGUUGUAAACGAAGGUAUUCUUUACGACGUCGCUGAACGCCCUGCUGUUGAUGGUCUUCGUUGUUGACCGCCAGAAUGGUCGCUCUCCGCAUUAGGCAUCGACAGUUCUGGAGGGUUUCUGCCGACACAGUGCGUUCUCGGCUGAAGUUUCUCCCACAUAUGACCACGUGAGUGGGAUUUGGAAGAUUGUAAAACAGGAUUUGUAGAGCCAAUUGCGCCCCUUGAUUUUUUUUGAAAACAGUGCGUCUUUAUUUGGUUUUUCUCGACACAAAGUCUGAUUUUUCUGCCUGCCCAUACCGCGUUAAUAAAGACACUACUGUGUUAGGGAAAACGACCGUUUUCAAAAAGACAUAUUUUGUUCUAUAAAUCACCAGUUAUUAGUCAAGACUUAAUUUACUUCGUCGAAAACUAUUAGACCAAGUAGUAGCUUUAUGAUGGACUAAUUAUUGGUGGCGGAAUAUAACUGACUGCGGAGAUAGAAAAUAUAAUACAGAGAAAUAAUAAAUACCAAUCACAAAUUCAACGUAUUAGUACUUUGUUGAUUGCGCUUUUGCAUCCAAAACGGCUGUUAUUCGAACAGACACAAGAAAUGUCAAGUUGUCUUAUGUGGACUUAUCUAUGGACUAAUUAUUUAUAGUAGGGGACGCUCACCGAUCGCUCUUACGGAACUCACUCGUUCUGUUGUGCCUUACGGGUUCUCUCUCGAGCCCAACCAGUAUGCCGGUAAUAACAUGCUGCCAAUAAUUAGUAAGCAUGAUAUCAAACUUCCCCCGCAUUGUACGGAGCUUUUCGUCUUAUUUCAAUUCCUUCUGACCAACACGAGGAGAUUUUCCAGUGGAUUAAGGUCUAGUCUGUUAGCAGGAACAAAAACGUUUCGUAGGUCGCAGGCAGAGAAACUGGUUGUGGUCUAAGAAAAAGGGGAUUAUAACUAUGGGUCAGAUCCGAAUAAUACCUCAUAGCAACACCAAAUGCAGACCGUACUAUCCACUCUAAUCUCAACCACGACAUUCCAUGAUUUAGAUCACCUGCUGUUAGUACCCACUGGGAUAGAUUGUACGCCUUUGUUGGUAAUCAAAUUCCGGAUUAUCCUAUGAAAGUGCCAGAUAGUAUGUUGACUCUAAGUAAUGAGAAAUGAAGCCAUAUUUGUUAGGAGCCAAAUAAAACAAGCUACCAAACGUACUUAGAUUUUUUCUACAAGAACUGACAUUGAGUUCGUGAACAAUGCCGCUCUCCGUACUAUUUUGGAAUGCUGGGAGGUCCAUGCGGUCUACACAGGGGUCAGGUCAGUGACUUAAAUUGUUAAAAGUUGCCGUGGUCUUUUGUUUGGCAACACUCCACCUCCUCCAGCGUCCAUUCUUAAUCAUCUGUUACCAACCCCAUGUAGUUCAAACUAUUCCUGACGACCAAAGCCGACUCCCAUAUUCCAUAUAGCUACGGCGCCUUCGUGGCCAAUGAGGAGCCGGAGAAGAUCAUUCCAUUGGAGCAGCAAAUUCGAAUGUUGAAUGAGAACAAUUCACACUGGUUGCCAAAAUGUCAUGCUGGACGCAAAAAGAAGGCAGUCGCCUUAAUAUCUAAUCUGAACGCCCGCAACAACAGGCUGGAAUACAUAAAAGAGCUGGCAAAGCACACUGACGUGAGUUGGAGCCAUUGGCUUCCUUCCAUUAACUGCUGAGUAACGGAGGCGGACGCUGACAACUGUUGUUGUUGUUGUUGCAAAAACUAUACCCUGUGAAAAAAGGCUACUUAAGUAGCGGACAUUUUUCGUAUUGAUUUUCAAUGCCCUUUAAAAAUUCAAUUAUAUUUCGUGGAAAACGUGCAUAAAAAUAUUCAUUCUCUUACUCAUUCGGUAAAAAAUUACGUCUUCUUCAAAUUUUGAUACUCGAAGGAAGGGUAUAAGUCGGUUUUAGAAAAGUUACUAAUUGUGAGAUUUUCUAAUACCGUGAAAUGGCCGUUCAUAAAACGUCGUGUCUCUGCGUUUACCAAUGUGGUUCGUAAAGUUAACAACAUGACUCAACUCCACUGCUGAAUUUUAUAAACCCCAUAUGGUGUCCACUUAAUACCGUAGAGAAGUAUAUGGUUUUCCGUACGCGGAAAGUAUACGACUUUUAGUUUGAGACCACGAAUACAAGUGUGACGGCCGGUCGGGUUCAAAAUCGUUUGGGAAUCGGAAAAGUUGUUUGAAAAUCGAAUUAUGCGCUACCUUCGAGUAUAAAAUUCGAAAAAGACUUUAUUUUCUACCGAACGACCAAAAGAAUGAAUAUUUUUAUGCAUGUUUUCCAUGAAAUAUAAUUGGCAUCGAAAAUCAGUGAUAAAAAUGCAUGCUGCUUAAAUAGUCCUUUUUACAGAGCAUAUUUUUGCAUGCAGCCGGAAAGAAGUUUGUUCAAGAGCCGGCAUCCUGGGGUGCCUGAAUUUUUGUAGAAUUAUGCUGCUUGAUGAUUAAUUUUACAAUCCUACUUAAUUAAUCUUCUUAAAAGGAAAACGCAUUUCGGAAGUUCGGUUGACAUUUCAUGAGUUAGCCCACCUACUGUAGGUCCCCGCAAAGAGCUUCGUUUCAGAGGGGCUGGACAAAAGGGAGACCCGACUGGCUGGCAAAAAUUCCCGUUGUAAAAUUCAAAAGGCAGUUUGACGAGCAUAGGUCUGUUUUAGAUAAACUGUCUUCAGGCCUGGACAUUCAUAUAGCUAUUGAAAUAAUGAAUCAAAAGAUUCGGUCAAGUAGAUAAUUAUGCUGUAGCUCGAGUUUGGAAAGGGAAGGGGGAAAGUGGAACACCACAAUUCCUGUCAGCGUCAGCGAGAAGGUGGGUCCCGACGAAGGUAAUUACAUGCGGGUGGUUGGCUUGGUUGAUUUGACCCACGGCAAAUGAGGGACCUGUAUGAAGUACUUCUGUGCGCAUAGGACCGGUUCGCAGCCUCCUCCUCCGUAGCCAACAGGCGCUGCCCAAGUAGGUUUGGAUAGCUCAACUGGAUCUUAUAAAUCACUGUGAAGGCCUCUCUGGCGUAUGCAGGGUGGUCUGUGUCUACCACGUGCGCGAGGAUAGAGCUGUUGAUGUUCUUUAAUUGAACCUGUUAGGGACGUUGGACUUCUGAUCAGCAGGUCGUAUGGUCGAGCCCCAGGUGUUCCAGACUUCGGGGCUGGGCGUGACUGGCUGGCUAGUAAGCCUGAAAUGUCCCUUCCAGUCUGCCUUGCCCUUGUCGGUAAUGCUAUUCAAUCUUAGUUUUCCCCGUGUGUAGUUUUAAGGGGAUGAUAGCGCAUAGGGGGUGAAAAAAGUCGUAGGGGAUAAUUCAACUGUUGUUCCUUGUGGGAACGGGAACAAGGUCGAAGGUUGAGGGUGUGUUUUUGUAGGACAGCGCGUCAGGAACGGCUCACUGCAAAAGAGUCGAUGACCUUGAGGCAGCGAGGUCUUGGACAAUGACGUCAGACCGGUCAUGAUGGCCGCCCGUUACACCCUAAACACUUUUCCGUGUUUUUGGUCCGGCACUGGGCCUUCUCUAAGAUGGUGCAGUCUUCGACGAUCCAAGGUCUCCUGGCCGGUUUAGCGCAGUUCAGAUUUGGCGCACGAUGAUUCCAAGUACUUUUGACUGGAGGGAUGGUGGAUCCUGAUGUGUUAUCACCUGACCGGACUGCAAGAUCCACAGUUGGCAUAGGGUGCAACAAGUCUUCGGUCUUUCUUUCGCAGUACUUGCCGGUUUAUUCUGCCCAUUUUGUUGCGCAGUUUGCAAAAGUCCCCCUAAGCACUUCAGUCAGUCAGUUUCAGUCAGUAUAUCUGGAGUAAACGGCAGAAGCCCUGAAAACUCCAUUUAGACUGUACAGAUGUAAAGGACCAUAGUUAAAUUGCACAAAUUUUGCUCGCAGUUUUAGUAAGGAGAAUUCAUAAAUCUAAUAAUGGAAAAUAAAUGCGAAAGGGACAUGGUAUUCGCCAAAUAAUUGCGAAAAACUUUGUACACCGCAUUCGGACUGUGAAAAUUUCCAUCCGGGUAAAGUUCGACGCAAAAAAGGAUCUGUUGAAAUCAUGUUAGUAGUAUAUUUAUAGGCAUUUCAGUAAUCCGUUAGAUCAGGCUUCGGCAGUUCGGGUUGCCUUUCAGCAGGUGAGUAUCUAGUUGUCCCUUGAACACACUACCGGUAGGGGAAUUAACAACAUACGCCGGCAAAGAGUUCCAUUGGUGGAUGACCCUCUGUGAGAAAAAUGAGGAACGUUGAUUUGUGUGGCACAGUUCCCUUUUAGGCUGGUAAUCAUGUCGUCUGAGAUUAGAUUUUAACUGCCAUUUCAAAAAACCUUUCCCUGUCGACAUCCCCCAAGCAUGCUACGUACUUCAAACCAUUGCAGCAGUCAUUCGCUGACGGCCUAUGGGCGUAGAACGCAGGAAAUAAUUUGGACAGAAGUGAUGUGAAUGGAACUCAUGAAGUGGUGUAUCUAAGGCUGACACCAGACAAAAGUAACAGAACAAUUGCCAGACCAAGACUCUUCCAGUUGUCCAGUUUAAACUGCCCCAGAAAAUUGAGGCUAAUUGCCUGCUUUUGCGCACGUUGUAGGUAGAUGUCUACGGAAGGGGGCGCCUUAAUUGUUCGCGCAUUGGAGACGCCUGUCUCCGAGAACUUGCGCUCAAGUAUAAGUUCUAUCUGGCAUUUGAAAACUCGAAUUGUGUGGACUACAUCACAGAAAAGUUCUUCGACAAUGCGCUGGGGUAAGUCUUAGGUGUAGUUGUUUAUUCAAGAGCACUGUUCUUAAAGAUUGUGGCGAGUGUGUAUGAUUAAAGUGGAAAGUUUCAAACUUUGUACGUGAGCAUUAGGUUCUACUGUCUCACGUGUGCAUUGGUUGGGAGAUGAUAAUACAUAUCAAUCAAAUGUCAGAAGUACAGUAGGUGUGCUAACUCAUGAAAUGUCAACCAAAAUUUCGAAAUGCGUUCUCGUUUCGAAAAGAUAAAUUAGGUAGUGUUGUAAAACUAAUCAUGAUGCAGCAUAAAUCGAUAAUGAUCCAGUUACCUCAGGGUGUCGGCUUUCGAAAGAACUUAUUUUCGGCUGUAUGCAAGAUCUAUACUCUGCAAAAAUGACUACUUAAUUAGUAUGCAAUUUUCUCAUUGACUUUCGAUGCCCUUGAAAAUUCAAUUAUCUUUCAUGGAAAACAUGCAUACAAAUAUUCAUUCUUUUACUUAUUCGGCAUAAAAUCACGUUUUCUUCCAAUGUCAUACUCAAAAGAAGAGUAUAGUUUGGUUUUAAAAAACUAUUCUGAUUUCCGAAUAAUUUUGAACCCGACCUGCUAUUACACUUGCAUUCAGGGUUUCGAAACUACAAGCUGUAUAUUUUCUGUGUACGGAAAACCAUUCAUUUCUCUACGGUGUUAAGAGGAGACCAUAUGAGGUUCAUAAAAUAAAGCAGUGAAUUUGAGAAAUAUUGUUAACUUUACAAGCCGCAUUGGUAAAUGCAGAUACAUGACGUUUCAUGAACGGCGAUUUAACGGUAUUAAGAAAUAUCACAAUGAGAAACUUUUUAAAACCGAAUUAUACUCUUCUUUUGAGUAUGAAAUUUGAAGAAGACGUGAUUUUCUACCGAAUAAGUAAAAGAAUGAACAUUUUUAUGCACGUAUUCCAUGAAAUGUAAUUGAAUUUUCAAGGGCAUCGAAAAUCAAUGAGAAAAUUGCAUACUGCUUACGUAGUCAUUUUUUGCAAAGUAUAGAUCUUGCAUACAGCCAAAAAUAAGCUCUUUCGAAAGCCGACACCCUGAGGUAACUGGAUCAUUAUAGACUUAUGCUGCAUCCCGAUUAGUUUUACAACACUACUUAAUCUAUCUUUUCGACACGAGAACGCAUUUCGAAAGUUUGGUUGACAUUUCAUGAGUUAGCACAUCUACUGUAUACUAUGUGUGCAUGGCUUCUAGACCAUAAGUAAAUACGUACGGACAUUCGAAGCAUACUGUGAGUACGCGCAGUGCAAAUAAUGUUACCUGAAGCUCCAUUUCCUAUACAUUUGACGUUCUAAUUGACAGUUCAACCGUCGUGACUGACGAUGUCCGCCGUGUGCUCCUCAGAAUGGUGAAAACGGACACAGGGAAUAAUUUUAUGUUGGUAGUGGACUUGCAUAGCCUCUACCGCACCCUUUCCUCCUCCCCCACCGGGGCCCGGUGUCGAGACAUAGUCAAGAAGACCGCAGGCUAGAGAGGGUGCAAGUGGAUGAUAUGGCAAAUGGACCUGCACCUAGGCGUAUCAUCACUGUUGUCUGGCCCUCAGACCUAAGAAGUGGCGAGUUAUCCCGUCGGUUGGUAGUCCUCCAGGUCACAGUUGCCUGCACGUCGUGGUAGAAUCAAGCCCCAGUUGACUGUUUGAGCCUAUUAAACCAUGGGUGAUUGCGUUUGGACGCAAUUAAUCCCCACCGGAUGCAAACGUUUCCCAGUCGAAUGUGUCUUGACCCUCAAUCAGAGCAAAUUUUCCUCGUCAGUUUAUCAGUGUCCCGAGUACAUUUCAGUGGACUAGUUAAUGCAGACGACCUGGGGAAUUUGCAAUUUUCAUAAAUGAACAAUAGUCAGGACAUUUAAGGCAUCAUUUUUGAAGACUGUUGGAUGUCACGAUAAAUCAGUAGCAAGCAUGCGUGUUAAAGCACAACAUCCUAACCAUUUCCUGAAUAUCUAUAAAUUUGGUAUUUUCAAAGGCAUGAUAUGGUGCCAGUAGUGAUGGGAGCACCAAGGGAGAGUUACUGUGCCCUGGCACCACCGAACUCAUUCAUUCACGUGGAUGACUUCUCAUCACCGGCUGAACUGGCGGACUACUUAAACUGGCUGGACAGAAAUGACACAGCCUAUGCAUCGUUCUUUGCCUGGAAAGCCUAUGGACACUUGGUGGUGAGACUAUCUGUCUUUUUUAAAUUCUUUCAUAAACAUCCUGGAAAACUGAUCAGGUACACACGCCCGGUAUCGCCUGAGCAAGCGGCCGAGUGCCACAUCGUCAAAGCGCCUAGAUCGAGGCAUGCCUGGGUCGGCCUUGAGUUUGAUUGGUCGGUUUGGACAGCUGUGAUUGGCCGAGAACCAGACUGCCAUUGGUAGGCAAGCCGGAGGCGUCUGGAGUGAGCUCAUUACAGAGACACCAGUCCAUCAUGCUCACAUUGAACAUGCAAGUCUUUCGCACGGUUAUCGAGCACACUAAAGGAAACGAGGCCUCUCUCCAGGUGGGAUGUGGCAUGCUGUCCGAAACAGCGAAGAAGUGCCACGAUAAGGUAUUCACCUUAGAGUACGAGACAGCACGUUGGUAUCUUGAUUUCGGAUACAAAUGUACGCUGGUGUUUCAGAACGAAUUGGAAAUACCAUCGUAAUAGUCUUAUUCCUAUGGGUGUAUGAAUUGUUGUUUAGGUAGAAAUUAAUUCCAAAUUUGUAGAAAUACUGGCUUAAAAAUAGCUUGGAAUUAGCGCAGUUUUGCGAAGAACUGAAUAGUGCCAAUUUUGAAGGGAUGUGGUUAUCUUGCAAAACAGCGUUACAUUGCAAGUCGAAAGACGAGAAAUACGAAUUGUCAGAAAAAAAUAGUUUAAACAGGAAUAUGGACUCCCCAGCAGAUAUCAAAUAGAGUUUGCAGUCUAAAAAUUAUGGUAACUGAUCCGUCCGAGGAAGUCUGUUUCAUUUCCUUAUAUCAAUGUGCACUUAAUGAAAACAUACAUCAUGAAGGGGAUUUCCCGUCAAAUUUUCAGCGACCAAGUAGACAACGAGACCAAAAGAACAGCAAAAUGACAAUCAAGACGCACCUAUGUACAUAUUCUUCCAAAAUUCUGGAGGAAAUGCAGAUCAAACGAUGA